GAAUCGCUUGUUUAUCUCAUUCGCGGUCACUCAAAAUUACGGCCGUCCACAGUCUGCCCUUCUCCACUGCACAGCACUUGCUGCAAUCAUGACCUACAUCUGUUAGCCUAUUAGUCACUUAAGCAGACAGUGGCCCAAUGUUAAUAGAUUUGAGAUAUUUAUUAUCCAUUGAAUCCACAUAACCCAUGUUACAACGCACCAAUUAGUGCAAAUACAUACGAAAUCCACUCAGAGAUAACCUUUCAACUUACCAUAAUUCCCGUCCAGCCACAGAUAGAGUGAAGAGCACAUCUACAUAAUAAUUUAGGUUCCCACAGACGAUUCUGUUGGCAUUUACAGGCGAUUUUCAAGGACCAAUAGAAUUAUUUUGCCAAAAAGUACCGUUCUUCUUACGAAAAUAGGCUGCAUUGAUGUCUUGAGACGUGAAGUCUUCACUGAAUGAUACUAUGCUGAGAGGUGCAACUUCUAAAUAAAGUAGACUAUUUGUGUGGAUAACAUCACCCUCCAAUUAUCCUAUCUUCCUCAUUAUAGCGAUAUUUUGACGCAGUCUGCUUGAAACACUAAUCAUUGCAACCAAUAUACUAAGAGUGUGACGCAGUCAAGUCACAUGACGCGAACACCAACAUAACUAGCCAGAAAAUGGGAAUUCCCAUCGAUCCAGAUAACAUAUAAAAUAAUUUUAAUAAAACUUAUUGACAAAAAAUUUCCAAACGAAAUUUCAACAGAACUUGAUAUAUAAGUUCAGCUCUCAAAGGAACACUUUGGUUCAAACUAUCUCUUUUAAGUGUUAUUAAUCUUCGGCGCUCCUUUCCAAUGAAUUCGCUCCUUAGGAUUUUAUAUUUCGGUCUUUUUGUCAAGUCAGUCCCUGAGUUAUGAGACCGUCCCGUAGUCAACCCAGUGACAGAGGACAUAGCCUCAUGACAAUGCGCAUCACUAGGUCUUCGUUUAGGAUGUCUGGAAACAAUGAAAUUUCUCAUGAUGCCGACAUAUCAGAUCUAACGUUUCAAAGUCUAGAAAACCGUCUAAAUACAUCUAGCAUACACAUUAGUCCUAAAUCUUCACCAAGUGUCGAGGUUCAUCAGUCACUCCUUAACUCAAGGAAACGUGGACGCCCAGGUAAAGAAAAGUUGGAAAACUUAGUUGAUUCCAGUGGAAACCCUGAAAAUCUCUCACUUAAUAGAUUAAAUGUUAGUGUAGCAAAAAUCCCACCUGAUGAAUGUGGAAGUUAUUACAAGGAACAAACGUUUAACAAACCUUCAAACUGUAGUAGUUCAUCAGAUGACUCUGUCGUACAUUAUGUGCGUAAAUUACGCCCCCGUCGAUCAGGAUCAAAUUAUUGUUCUACUGAAAGAAGACCUUUACAUCGAAGCAGUAAAUUUCGGCGCGUUCGUUGUGAAGUUAGCAUUUCAAAUAAUAACAAUACAUCACAGGGCAGUUAUUCAACAGAUGGCAAAUCCUAUCCGAACUCUGUCACCUUUCGUGAUGACCACAAUGAUGCUAUUUUAGAUGAAGAUGAUGAAGAAGAUCAGGGGGAUAACGACGAACAACGAACAAGACGGUAUCCAGUACGUAAUCGCAGAAAUACUACUGUUUAUCAAGUUGAAAAUCCUCAAAACAAUCAUAACAACAAUCCGCCUCAACAACAGCGGAACUGGAUGGCUGGUACUGGAUAUGAUAAACAUAGACGAUCGCGUCGGUUUAGAUCAAAAUACCGCAAAAAUUUGGAUCAUCGUGGUUCUAGUACAUCCUCUUCCUCAAGUGAUUCGGAUGGAUCAUUAUGUGUUCGCAGUCCUAUUCGUCGUGGAUGGGAUCGUUUAUAUUACUCUGCCAAAGAGAAUAAUGGUCCUGUUACUGCUGUUGAUGACGAUGAAAAACGUUUUGAACGUCGUGUUAAUAAAAGCAUUAUGCAUGCCAGAUCGGAAUUAAUGCCAAUUAACAAACACCAGCUUGGUUUUAGGAAUAAAUCCACAGUUGAUGAUCGAUUAAUGGGUGAAAGCUGCUUAGGUGAUAUUCAACCAAUGUCUAUUGAUUCAUCUGUCGGAUUUCAACAAAUUGGUGGACAUGAACAACAUAUAUUAGCAUUGAGAGAGAGUAUAAUCCUACCGUUAAUGUAUCCUGAAGUAUUUUCAAAGUUCAAUGUUGAUCCACCGCGUGGCGUAUUGUUUUCCGGACCUCCAGGUACAGGAAAAACAUUGUUAGCCAGAGCUUUAGCUAAUGAAUGCAGUCGUUUGGCUGAAGAUAACAAUGGCUCAGGAAAACGUCGUGCUAUAGCAUUUUUUAUGCGUAAAGGAGCUGAUUGUUUAUCUAAAUGGGUUGGUGAAUCUGAACGUCAGUUGCGUUUGUUGUUUGAUCAAGCCUAUCGAAUGCGUCCUUCGGUUAUAUUUUUUGAUGAAAUCGAUGGUCUAGCACCAGUUCGUUCAUCAAAACAAGAUCAAAUUCACUCUAGUAUUGUUUCCACUCUGUUGAGUUUAAUGGACGGUCUGGAUAAUCGUGCUGAAGUAGUAGUUAUUGGUGCAACCAAUAGACCGGAUGCUAUAGAUCCAGCUUUACGACGACCUGGAAGAUUUGAUCGUGAAUUCAUAUUCACUUUACCAAGUGAAGCCGUCAGACGUCAAAUUCUUGGUGUAAUAACCUCUAAAUGGGAUUCUAAACCAGAUUCGCUAUUACUAGAUCAGAUUGCUGCAACGACUACUAAUUUUUCUGGUGCUGAUUUAAAAGCCUUGACAACAGAAGCAUGUCUAUGCUGUUUACGUCGAUGUUAUCCACAAGUUUAUAAAAGUCAUGUUAAACUAGCUUUGGAAUAUAAAUAUUUAGUGGUCUCACACUGUGAUUGGUUUGAAGCUUUGCAAAUUGUUCGUGCAUCAAGUGAACGUUCAGAUGCUGAUGCAGCAGCAUCAUGUUUAACACCAUCUGCAAACGCUUUGGCUGCUACUCUCCGUACACCUUUAUCACCUAAUCUAGCUAAACUGUUAAUACGUAAUGUUGACAUAAUCGUGAAUUAUUUAAGCAGAGCUCUAUUUGACCCUAGAAAACAAAUCAAUCCCACUGAUCAUUUUAAGUCAUCACGAUACUCAGCAAAUGAUAUUUCAUCCUGUAUUUUCAAAUCAAAAUUAUUCAUAAAUGGAAAUGUAUCAGAUAUUAUUAUGAAUGCUGUAUGGCAUAAAUUAGAGACGUUACAAGUGUUUACAAUAAAUUUGGCCAAUUUAUUUGCUUUUCCUGCAAGUAUUGGUAUGUGCCCUGAAGCAGCAGUUGCUCAAAUCAUCUCUUCCAUUCGACACGCUUUGAACAAUUCAUCAACAUUAUCCUUUCGUAAUAAUUCUCAAAUGAAUGGAGUGGUUGUAUACUUGCCUUCAGUUGACAGUCUUUUCAAAAGUAUCCCACAAUUAACUGGCCGCUACCUUAUAGAUCGUUUGAAUGCUCUAGUCGAUGAAGUCAAUUGUGAAUUGAAUUAUAUUCCAUCAGCUCUAAUUACCUCAGAAUAUGAUGGUGCUUCAUAUGAUAAUGAUAAUACUAGUCGGAGUGAUGUUGAUAAUCGUAAACUUUCUUAUGCUGCUGUAAAAAAUCCACGUCGAAUUGUUAUUAUUGGCACAUGUAAACAUCAAAAUUAUAAAUCCGUUCCACCAAGAAUUGUUACUCCUAAUAUUGAAAAACGUAUUCCAUCAGUGCGACAACCUAAUCUUAGUCCUAACAGCACAAACACACUUCGUGAGAACUGUGUCACAUUGUUCAAUACACCGACUGAAAAAUUGCAAGAAGGUAAAUGCCAGUUAGUCAAUGGAAUAAAUCUGUCAGAUCGAUCGCCAAGCUCACCGUCGUCAAUUCAUUCAAGAUAUUCACCUAAGUUUAGUUUACCUACGCUUCGUACUGGGAAUACUGUUAGUGUUAAUGAACCAGCUAUAAAGUAUUCAUAUGAUCGCGAUGCAGAGAAUAUUAAACUUCAAAUCAAUAUUAAUUUAUCUGAAUGUCGUAAAUCUUCAAAGACAUCAAAUGUUCAUCAUUCACCUUUAGUUAAUUCAGAUUUGAAUCCUUGUGAAAGUAACACAGAUAACAUUCAUAAUAAUUCGUUAAAUGUUGAUCUUAGUGAUGACUGUCAAAAGACUUUAGACUCUCCAAAUUCUAAUAAUUCCUUCUAUGUUAAUCAUAUGUUAAAUAAAAUAUUUGAUAUCAAUCAUACGGAAUUCAUAAAUUUAGAACCACCGAAUAGAGAUGAACGACUAGCAUUCUUUACUCCUGUUUUAAUUACUUGGCCACAGUUAACACAUACGCAGUUAUUGGAUAUACGAGAUAAAUCUGCACAGCCACAUGGUACAUCUAUACCUAGUCCACCUCCUGCUGUUGAAAAUGAACAAAAUUCGAGAAAAAACACUCAACAGGUUAAUUUCACCCCAGAAGAACUAGCCAUUAUAGAAUCUAGAGAAACACAAUUAUUUCGUCGUCUUAGACAAGUACUACGCCGUGUAGUUGCACAUUUGGCCAGUUUCCGACGAUUUGCUGUGUUCACUAGACCAGUUCAACUGGAAGAAGCACCAGAUUAUUAUGAUGUUAUAAAGCAACCAAUGGAUUUGGGUGUUAUACGUGAUAAAAUUGAUACACAUCAAUAUAAUAAUGUGAACGAUUUCAUGAAGGACGUCGAAUUAAUAUAUCGUAAUGCUCUUGAAUACAAUCCACCAAAUAUUCCUCGUAGUCGAGAUAUUCGCUCUAGGGCUUCAGAAUUUUGGGAUGAAGCAUGUAUUCGUGUUGAAGAAGAACUUCAACCACCUGAUCUCAAUGAACUGUGUGAAGAAGCUAAUCUUGCACGUGCAGCACGUAUGUCAUCAAUAAGCAACCAGAAAAACAAGGAAACAGAACCUCAUUCUGCCAUCGAAACUAAUGAGAAGUCGCAAAAGAAUAUCACAAAACAACCAUUACCUCUUCCACAAGGUGAUCGUUAUAGUCGAAGAUUACAUGGGGAAUCGCCAAUUUUGGAACUUGAUGAUAUAAUUCAGUUGCAGUCAUCCAGUAGACCUCGUCGUAAAUUGUCUUCAAGUACUCCAAAGAUUUUACCUGAUUUGCAAGCAACCCAACGUGAUGCUGCUACGACUACUACUGAUAUUGAUGCUCCAGACUUUUCUUCGAAUGUUAUGUUGAAACCGUUUGAAGGUGAUGCAAGUGAACACUUUCCCUCAAAGUCAACUACUGAGAAUUUCAAGAGCGAAUCUCCUAAGCACUCUGUUGUCCGAUCACCAUUAGGAACAUCUCCACCUGCCGAACACUGUCGUUCCAGUGCAUCACUUCAGGUUGAUUUAAAAAAGUUAAAUCAUUUUCUUGAUCAAGUUGUCCUACAAACAGACGGUUGGUCAGCGAUACAACUGGUUGAUCUAUAUACAGACUUUAUUUAUUUAAUUUUAUGGAAGUACGCAUCACUGACAAAUCGUUUGUCUUUAUCAGAUGAUUUCGAGAAAAUUUUCGCAACGCAUCAGAACGCACCGAAUACAACUUCACACGCCAACUUCUAAUUAGGUCUAUUUAAACCUUAACUAAUUACUUUCUUUCGAUUUAUUGUCAUUGCUUAGACGUAUAUAUCCUCUUAGGAUUAUUAUUAUUAUUACUUGCUUCCACGGACUACUGUAUCGUAAUAGGUUCCACCAAAUAAAAAAAAUUAUCUCACCUCAGGUUUUAGAAAAAAAAUUCUAAGAUCUUGGCAGCUUUGUCUUGUCUUUUGAGCAUCACACUAUCAGUACAUACUCUAGGUGUUAUAAUUUUGAAUGCUAGUACUUAUUAUGUGUGUGAAUGUGCUUUUCAUGUGUACUUGCAGCCUACUGUUGCAAUGGUCUUUAACUAUUUCAGCAUCUACCAUGUACUUGGAUUUAAAUGCUUUGAGCUGCCAAAAGUCAGUUAUGUUUGUUAUUAUUUGUGUUGUCUGUGAAUAUUAUCACCGUACCAUAUAUAAAUAUAACAAUCGAUCUCUUUACUUUCUGUCUAUCAAGAACAAAUGCAUUUCGUGAAAACAUUUUUAUUCUUCAAUUCCGAUACGUGUGAUAGGUGAAAUUUAACUCGUCUUCUAUUAUUGUUGUAAUAAUUAUUAUCACUUUUAUUACUAUUAUUAAUUCUCACACAAGCUUUUCAUAUAUGUAUUUAAAAUUAAGAUAAAUGUAUCUAGGCUGUUUUCUUGAAAACUUUCCAGGGUUUUUCAGGUAAAAGCUAGCAGUUUCUCAUUUCUUUGUGUGUUAUGCAUGCGUUGUGCUGUAAACAUAAAAUAUUGGAUUAUUUUUAUUGCUUAGGAAAUUUUUAUUCUUCGUUCAUACUGGUGAUAUCUGUCUUCAUCAUAACCUCACUCUUGUUCUUUACAAUAAUUUCAUUUUACCAGUCUUUUUUAGUACUGUUUUUUUUAGGCAUUUUGAAACUUUUAUUUCAAUGAAUUAGUCAACAUGUCUGGUAUACGGACAUUUGUGAUGAUAUCUUUUCUUCAUGUAUUAUAAUUGUUUUGUUGUGUAUAAAGGGUGUUAUUCAUUCAGUAUUUUUAAAGUCUAUACCAUACACCAUUUAUUAUUGACUCAGCUACUUCCAUCAUCCAUUGUUCAAAUCAGAGUUGAAUAGCAGAAAAAAUAUUCGAUGAAUUGUUGGCCUGCUGGUAACUUUGUUGUCCUGCCGCAAUUCUAUAAACCUGAACCUAUUAACAUACUGUAGUCAGCAGUCCAAGUUACACACCACCGCGAUAAGCUUUGUCCCAGUGUUAUUCCGAUUUUGCAGAAUUUAAGACUUAUGCAGCGGAAUUAAUCGUGAAGGCAUCUGCGCCAUUGAAAACGAUUUUGAGCCAUAUCACCGAUUG